AUGAAUAUUUGAAUUUUCCCCAUUUCUUCUGGUGUGAUAUUUAAGACAAAAAUUGGAACUUUAGAAUUUAUUAAAAUUGAAGCUUUAUCUGGGAAUUAUCAGAUGAGUUUAUUAUUGAAAGACCAGCUCAACUUUGGAAAUAAUGAUUUAGAAGUGAGGCAAAUCGUGUCUUCACACGAGGUCUACUCCAUAACGACUAUUUUUUUUUGGCCUAUUUUUUUUUUGGCCUAUUUUUUUUUGGCCUAUUUUUUUUUGGCCUAUUUUUUUUUGGCCUAUUUUUUUUUGGCCUAUUUUUUUUGGCCUAUUUUUUUUUGGCCUAUUUUUUUUUGGCCUAUUUUUUCUGUCGGGGAUAAUUCAUGAAGCUGCUGAGAGACUAAAUAAUUAUUGGGUAACGGAUGUAUUUCCUUACACGAUUAAUAUUGAGUAAAAUUAAGUGGAAAAAUCCUAAUUAAAUUUAAAAUUCUCGAAAUUUAAAAAGCAAUGAAUUAGCAUUCAUGGAGUAAGAGAUCUGUUUAAAGGGUGUAUUUUAUGUUGAUAAAAUCGUUUAAAAUGGAUUAAAAAUUAUAUUAAAAUCAUUAGUAUGAAAUUAGGCCCAAAUAUUAGUAAAAAAUAGCUAAAAAAUGGCCAAAAAAAAGUCAAAAAAAAUAGGUCAAAAAAAAAUAGGCCAAAAAAAAAAUAGGCCAAAAAAAAAUAGGCCAAAAAAAAAUAGGCCAAAAAAAAAUAGGCCAAAAAAAAAUAGUCUUUAUGGAGUAGACCUCGUGUGAAGGAACCGAGGCAAGCAUCUGGAUUAAGUAAUGCUUGAGAGUCAGUGACUUUUCAAUUUAUGCAAACAGCUUAUAACUCAAUUGAUUUUCAAAUUAUUAUAAAUAAUGCUCAAACAGCAUUUAUUAUUUCAGACAAAGAGGCAAACUUUCCUAAUGGAAGCUAUGAUUGAGUUAUUGGGGACCCAGCAAAUUCUUUUCAAGGCUUCAUUUACUGGAUUCAAGUUAAUAGUGAUAAUACAAUAAAUUUUCCUGCCAUCAGUCCUCCAACCUGCCAAAAUUCUUAUUAUAAAGCGAGCAUCUUUUUGGCUCGAGCUUUACUCAAGUCUUCUGACGUAACUAAAGGAGUUUGAAAAACCAACAUUUUCAUGCAAGCCAACUCCCUGGAUGGCAAAUCCACCUAUAACUAGAGAUUUGUAACCUAAGGAGUUUGCUUAUCAGCAUACCUAGGUGUUGGAUUGUUAGCAUAGUCGGGUUUAAAAUAAGGCUCGGGAUAUACUAUGAUGGAUCAAAUUGCCAAUUAUGUAGUGGUUCUUGUCAAAACUGACCAUGAUGUGUCAGAAGUGAAAAUUGUUUAGUAUGCAAAAACUUAGAUUGCACGGCUUGUAAUGGUUAUGAAAAUUCAAUGUGCACAAGCUGCAAUACUGGACUGGCUCCAGGCUGUUGUGACUCUUUGUGUGAUGUUUGUAGUCAAACUUGGAGCUGCAGUACAUGCAAAGCAGGAAAAUUUUUGAUUGACGGGGUAUGCUUAAAUUCAUGUCCAUAUGGUUUUGGAAGCUGUGCUACAAAUACUGGAAUUUUGAUUUCGACUGAUUUUAAUGUUCCUUUUGCAGGAAGUUAUGGGAUUUUUACUACUGGGACUGACUCUUCAAGUUAUCAAUUUUUUGACACUCCAGAAACAAUAGAUCCUGUACCAUCUCAAAAUCGCGGUCUGUAUUUUUCAUCUGGGAAAUAUUUAGCAGGUGCUAUUGAUCUUUCACAUACAUUUACAAUUUCCUUACUCCCCUUUAAAUUGGAACAAAAAAUCCUCUUCAAAUUUAAAGGAGGGUUAAUUUUUUUUUCAAAAAUCUUUCCGAAUUGAAAUCAUUAUUUUUAAAAAAAUUAAUUGUAAUCGCUAGAAAUGUCUAAAUAAUGCUUUACUUACAUUUUUUCCAUUAAAUUAGGCCAAAUUUAUUUUUAUAAAAAUUAUCAUUUCAUCGGUAAAAUUUUCCUAUUGAAAAAAUAUUUGUCACAAUUUAUGAUGAAUUAAUGCACCCAAAAAUUGAAAAUCGAACAAAUGGGGAAGAGUUAUGAAUCAGACCUGAAUCAGGUGAUAUUUUAGGGAAUUCAUAUGGGAGCCUCAAGGUUUCUUCUGCAGGCUUAGUUACUUUGCUUUUAGAUUCAUGGGAUAAUACAUCAACAGCCUCUUUAUCUAACUCAGUCUUAAUCAGCGCCUCUAGCUGAAAAUAUCUAUCUUUUUCAAUAAACUUUUCCAAUAAACAAACAACACUUAUUGUGUACUCCGAUAGCUCGCCAAGUGCACUGAAUUCGAUUAGCGACUAUGUAUUUAGACCUGCUAGCAAUGAUCAGUUAUUUAUAGGAAAGAGUGUUUCGGAUAAUUAUAAUGGAUUUGUAAGCUAUUUUAAACUCUGGGGAGGGGUUAUCAAUGAUUUUUCCGGAGAAAUGGGAGAUGGAGGAUGUGGAUCUGGGAAUGGAAUCAAUUGCUUGUGGAAUUGCGGAUUUUUGUUUUGGGGAUCAGCCUGCACUGCAUGUGAUGGAGGAUGCUCAUUAACUUAACAUUAUCUUACCUUCUUUUUGUCCGAAGAGCCUCCUCCUGCCGUAGCGCCCCGUUAGCUUGCCAACCAUUUCGUAAAUAGUCUUAGAAAUAAACUCCUGCCAUACACUUACUGCCCUGUAGUUGGAUGAGUUGCUCCACCAUGCCAUAUAUCAACAUAGGCUGCCCAUGACCUGGAAAACCUAGCUGGAUACACAUUUCCUAACUCUUUCCUUCCUUCCUCGAGGUCCCUGGCACCCUGUGGGACACCAGCUACAGGAAUUAAAAGGAAGGGUUGGUUCACACUCCAUUUAAUGAAUAUGAUGGAGGAUGCACACUUGGAUGUGUUUUAAAUGGAAAUUGCAACAUCUGCAAUGAUAAUUUAUGUCAAAUUUGUAGUUCUUUUAACAGUGAAAGCUGUAGUCAAUGCAUAACAAGCGCAGCAGGAAAUCCAUGUGCAUGCAAUUCCGGAUAUUAUAAGCCAACUGGGCUAUCUAUAUGCAAUCAAUGCGACACUUCCUGCACUGCAUGCUCUGGCCCAGGCUAUUACUCAUGCACUGCCUGCCCAUUAGGGACUUAUUUACUUACUACCCUACGUGAGCAAGCAAAUCAUUGAAGAAUUAUUUUUAUGGUAAAAAAACAAUUUUUUUUUUUCAAAAAUAUUAUAUAUAUAUAUAUGAUAAUUAUUAUCAUUCUAUUGAAUUUUAAAUAAGUUGCAUUCUUAAAUAUAAAUCUUAUAUAUUAGAUUAAUUUUUGCUUUUCAAUUUUUACGAAUUGGAAUGUUUUUAAAUUUCAAAAAAUAAUUGACCUUUCAUGAGCGAGCAAAAUUUUUUGCUCGCUAACUGGGAGAGCUAGAGGAAUUUGCAUGACUACUUGCCCAUCACAAUAUUCUCAAAACAGCACGCUAAAUAAGUGUACCCAAAUCACAAAUUUGGUAAUAUCUGGCACUUUUUAUGAAAUUAUUAUUUUAAACAUAAUUUCUACUUUUCAGGUUGGGUCAAAAAAUUAUAAUACAUAUCCAAGCUACGAUAGCAAUGAUCCUAUACCAUCUUAUGACAGAGGAUAUUAUUUCAAAUCUUCAAGCUAUUUAAUAAAUUCAGGAAAUUAUAUGUCACCUUAUUUCUCUUUGAAUUUUUGGAUAUAUCCUACAUCUGGAGGUAUUCUAUUUAGAAAAUCUUCAACACUAACUACUUAUAUUUCAAUCUCGAUUGCCUCAGGGACAGGCUAUCCAACAGUUUCAUUAACUUUAUCUAACGCUUCUGGAUUGAAUUUAUCAGGAACUUCUUCUGUAUUAAAUAGUUGAAAUUAUCUAUCAAUAAUUGGACUCGUUUCUUCUGGUAAAACGAGUUUAAGCAUGUAUAUUAAUGAUGCUCUUGCAGCUACAUCAACAUCAGUAAAUUUAGCAUAUUUAUAUGAUUUAGGGGAUAUGUAUAUUGGGAAAUCAUCUGAAGGAUUCGCAGGCUACUUAUGAAGUCUUUCUGCUUAUAACGAUGAAACAAAAUAUGAUGCUGAUUGGAACUCAGCUGGCUGUGGAGGCUCUCCAUGCCCAAGCGGGAUAACACUUCCUAUGUGCUCAUUUUUAUCAUAUUUAGACUCUUCGACAUCAACAUGCACGAACUGCCUUGCUUCCUGCACAAAUGGCUGUAGGAAUAGCAUUUCAUGUGGACUUUGCCAAAUGCCUCCAUGCUAUAGCUGUUUAUCAUUUUCAGGCCCAUGCACUUUGUGUGUUUCCAAUGCAUCCCCUGAUGGAAAUGGAGGUUGUGCUUGCAACGAUCAAUAUUUUUGGUAUUCAGUUACUCUAAAAUGUGAUGUAUGCGACUGGAACUGCAAAACUUGUUUAGGCACUACAUAUUUUGAGUGUUCAGAAUGCUUCUCACAAUAUACUCUCGUAGGAUUAAACUGCUUAUAUGCUUGCCCAUAUGGUUUUGGCUCUGGCUGUUCCCCAGUGUCAACACCUGUUAUCAAUGAAUUUUUUAAUAGCAGCCUUCAGUUAACUUAUGGAGUAUUCAAAACCAAAAUGGACUCAAAUCGCUACAGCUUUUUCCAAACCCUUGAUAAUAAUGAUGCAGUAACUCCUGAUCAAAGAGGGUUGUUCGUUAAUGAAGCACUAUAUUUACAAACGAAUAAUUUUUGGCUCAAUCAUGACAUUUCAGUAGGUAUUUGGGUAAAUACUGUGACAGAUGGAAAUAUGUUAUCCUAUUCUUCAUCGUUAUAUAAUUAUGAUUUUGUUUUUUCUACUGACAUAAUAAUAAAAUGGCUUGGUCAGAAUAAGAUUUUGGAGAUAGCUUUUGCAUCCUCGCAUUUUAUUAUUGUGGACUUUUAUCCAGUAAUACCAGAAGAGUCGAGUGCAUAGACUAGGGCUCUGAUAUUAUGUAUUACAAUAAUUUCUUAUCAUGCAUAUGCAUGUCAUUUGAAUUUGGUAUGUGAAAACCAAAUAUGCGUUUCAAAACGCAGAUUUUAGUGCGGCAAAUUCAUAAUUUGAAAUCCCAUAUGAAAAUGGCGCAUAUAACGUCCAUAAGAAAUUUUACCAACGGAUUAUAUUGGAUAGGAAAGGGCAUAGUGCAUUGACGCCUACCAGGAGGGAGCUCUUAGGCGGAGUAUGCGUAGGAGUCAAGCAAUUCAGUAAAGACUGUGGAACGGUCUGCAAGUUAAAUACUGAAUAAUUAAGUAAGCAAGGGUUUUCUACUGAUGGAUCUUUACUGUACCAAUUAUGUGAUAGAUGGAGGACAAAAUUUAAAUUUUCACUAGCAAGUGCGGUUAUACCUAGCAAUUCAUGGAAUUAUUUAUCGUUUACAAUAAGCUAUGGAUAUAGCAGCACCAAUGUCAAUAUAUACGCGAAUGGAAAUUCUGUCACAACUCAUACGAAUUAUAAUUACAUAUUUAGACCAAAAACUAUAAGUUACUUACCCCUUUCCGUCAACAAACAAAAAAAUUUUAUUCGCUAAUAGGAUUUUUUUUAAAAAUUAUAAAUUUUAUAUUUUCAAAAUUAAAAUAAUACCAAUUUGCAAAAUAGGAAAGCAGAAAUUAAUUUAAUUUGUAAAAUCCAUGUUUUAAAAGGCAAGCAAAUUUAAAUUAAACAGAAUUAGCUAGAGAUUUUUUAUAAUAAUUAUAUAUUAUAAUAUUUUUCCAUAUUUUUUUAUAUAAAAAUUUUCUGUUCGUUAAUAGAGCUUUUUACCAAAAAUAGGGAUUUUGAUAUGGUUUUGCUCGCUCACAAAGGGGGGAGUUAAGAAUCAAUGCCUAUUAUAACUGCUUUGCAGGAUACAUUUACUCAUUGCAACUGUGAAAUGCCUUGGUUACUGAUUUUUCUUCAUGAAUUGAUGAUAAUAUUUGUGGAACUGGGCUUGCAAGCACAUGCCUAUAUCCCUAUACAUCCACUUUAUAUAAUGAUAUUACAACCUGUGCUGCUUGUGAUAGCUCUCUAACAGGUUGUCUUAGAAGCAUUCUUUGCAAUCAAUGCGAUGACCCAUUAUGUGCUACUUGCACCAAUUUUAGCCCAGGAUCAUGCACAACCUGCGUAGCUAAUGCUGCAGGGGCUCCUUCUCAAACUUGCGCAUGCAACGAUGGGUAUUUCACUAUGUACACCUAUACUUGUAUGGCAUGCCCAGCAGGCUGCCAACAUUGUUUGAGUUGGCUUUAUAACUCUUGUACAGUAUGCUUCUCAGGCUAUUACUUAAACAACGGCAUCUGUGUUUCUACAUGUCCUGAUGGGUAUACUAUGAAUUCUUCAACAAACAACUGUGAUCCCUCCGACUCUGCUGCAUACUUUCUAGAUUUUUAUGGCCUAUACCUUCAGAACAGGUAUGGCUCGACCUGAAACUCCUCCUUCCCUCCCUCUCAGCCCCUGACAGUUUCAAUUUGAACGACAUUGUUAAUUCAAAAUGACAAGUCCCUCACUAAAGAUUUGACAAGUCAAAAUUUAAUUUGUAGAUUUCAAUAAGUUGAAACUGUCAGGGGGUGGGGGAAGGAAGGGGGGGUUCUCAGGUCGAUCUAUAACCGUGCUCACGGUAUACUUAAGCUCGAUACAAUAGGUUCCCUCAAUAUAGGCUCUGACAACACAAAUACAUACCCUAACUAUGACACUAAUGAUCCUUUUCCAGCAAUAAACCGCGGAUAUUAUUUUUCUGGCACAGAUGUCGCAUCUAUGCCUUAUAUGUUUGGGCCGACUUUUACAAUUUCUAUAUGGCUCAAAGCUCUUCAAAAUGGAACUGUCCUUACGAAAUACAACACAAAUCCAAUACUCCAAAUACGAAUAAAUAGCCAAGGCGAAGCAAUCUUAAAUUGCACAAUGACAACAUUUUGAACUACAGGCUCAAUAAAUAUAACCACAGAUACAAGUUUAUUCGACUCUUGAUAUUUAUUUUCAACAACAGCUAGUUUGUUUUCUGAUACUUCUCAGAUAUCGAAUUUGAGCGUUUAUGGAGCAACAACUUUUAAUGUAUAUGUUAAUGGAGUUGUCGACCAAACUAAGACUGUAGCUGCUCUUUCUUACGUAGGAGAUUCAACUUCAGGACUGCUUUAUAUAGGAAAUGAUAAUUCCUUGAACAAUGGAUUCCAAGGGUUUAUUGAUAGAAUCAACAUAUAUACAGAUGCAGCUAGCUACGCACUGGACUAUGUCAGCACGGGGUGCAAUGGGGCUUGCUCUCAAUGUCCUAGCACUCUUGUGUGCCUUAGUGAUUGCUUAAUAAGCACAUAUCCUGGUGCAACCUGUGCUAGCUGUUUAUCAAGCUGCAACAAUGGCUGUAUAAACGGGCAAACUUGUAGGCUAUGCAAGCAAAGCACCUGUUUAUCAUGUGAUGAAUUUACUGGAGACUGUUUCACUUGUAUACCUAAUGCAUAUCUUGAUAUUGGCUCUUGUUACUGCAAUGCAUAUGCUGUCUUUGAUAUCCCAACACAAAGCUGUAUUAGCUGUGACAAUUUAUGUCAAACUUGUGCAUCAACUGCACUCUUUGAGUGCAGUGUUUGUGGAACUGCAAAUUUUUUAAUAGGAAAUUUAUGCAUACGAGAGUGUCCAUAUGGGUUUUCUUCUCCCAGCUGUGGAUCUGUAUCAACUGCAGUAAUUGACCAAACCUUUUAUGGGGAUUUUGCAGGAAGCUAUGGAGAUUUUGUAACAGGGAUGAGUGCAAUUUAUUAUCAGUUUUGGGAUUCUCCUGAGUCAGUUGAUCCUACUCCAGCCUAUAAAAGAGGGCUUUAUUUCGCUCCUGGCCAAAUUCUAUAUUCAAACGCAGAGAUUUAUCUUUCACAUAGUUUUUCAAUUGGGGUUUGGGUAUAUACAAUUACAAAUGGUGACAUCAUAUAUAAGCAGACUCAUUUAAUAUUAGCAUCUGAUGGAUUUUUAACAGUUUUACUAGAAGAUCCAAACGAAGUAACAGCUUCAUCAAUCUCUCCCGCGAUUUCAUCCCUUUCUGGAUGAAACUAUAUUUCAUUUACUGUUGUUUCUUCAAGCACAAUAACGUCUGUUACUGUUUAUUCAAAUAAUGUAGCAAAAACGCCUGUAACUGCUAAUAGUAUGAUUUUCAGAGAUCAAGCUGCGAAAACACUUUAUAUAGGAAAAAGCACGACUGCCAAUUUUAAAGGCUUUAUUUAUUGGUUUACGCUAUGAAAUGUCCCAAUUACUGAUUUUUCUUCACAAGUAAAUAACUUAUGCGGAACUGGGCUAGGCAAAAGCUGUCUGUGGGCUUGUGAUAUUAAUAAUUAUUAUACGGGAUCCUCUUGUAGUGGUUGUAACUCAUGCAGUUUAGGAUGCAGAAGAAGCCAAAGUUGCUAUAUCUGCUAUGACCCACUAUGCACAACAUGUACUGGAUUUGAAUCAGGAGAGUGCACUGCAUGCGUGUCUAAUGCCACCCCAACAGCUGGGGUAUGUGCUUGUAAUGCAAAUUAUUGGGUUUCAGGCAAUGGGCUUUCAUGUAAUUGGGCUUGCACAACUGGAUGCGCGACCUGCACCGGCAAUUUAGUAUACAAUCAGUGUACAUCGUGCAAUACAAAUUAUUAUCUCCUAAACAACCAAUGCUUUUCCUCAUGCCCAACAGGCUAUACACAAGAUUCUACUUUAAAUCAAUGCACAAAUCCUCCAUCAUCUUCUAUAGUUACAUUAGCUUUGCAAAAUUUGAUUCACCUUGAUUCAGUUGAUGUCUUUACAGUUGGCUCAGCCUCUAACCCUUAUCCUUCCUUUGAUACUGCAGACCCAGUUCCUUCAAUUAGCAGGGGCUAUUACUUUUCUUCUGGGAAAUGCAUGACCUCAACCACAAGCCUCAUUAUAAGCCCUUGGUAUACAAUAAAUAUCUGGGCAAAGCCAAUGUCUCAAGGAGCUAUUGUAUCGCAAUUAAACGGAGCUGUUUUAAUGAUGGGCAUUUCAAUUGACUCAAGUGGGCAUGUAAAUUUUUGCAUACAAUUAAAAGACUCUUCACUAGUGCAGAUAACUGGAACAAGUAAUUUGUUUUUUUCUUGGCAUAAUAUCGUGUUUUAUGGAGAUAUUGUGAAUGCGUAUACAGUCGCUUAUUAUGUUUUGGAUGGAGUUGCUAAAUCAAAUUUGUCAAGCAGCAAUAAGCAGCCGUUUAUCAGCACUGGACAAGUUAUUGUCGGAAAGCAAAGCCUUACUGAUUCUCUUGGUGGGUUUAUUUGGAGCAUAAAAAUAUAUAACGAUAAUUCGUAUUCUCUGAGCGAGUGAAUUACGUCUGGAUGCGCUACAGGAUGCGACACAUAAAAAUGGCACGGAGAAUAGCCUGCCUUCAUAGCAUCUGCAGUCAGGUGACCUUGUGGAAGGGAAAGCAGCGUGCGGAGAGCAUGCCCGGCCGGGUUUUACUUGUUCUGGUGAAGCGCAAUGUCGGUUGCCGACUGCAGACUCGCAUCCAAGGUAAGUUUUUAUCCCGAGGGAGGAUUGAAGCUGGAAGUUUAAAAGGGAUAGCCCAAGGGUGUUCGCUUAGUCAAUCGGACAUUUUUCUAAAGUGAUGCCUGGAGUUUUACUUUUAAUUUUAGUCAAAAUAUGCGCAGAGUGCCAAAACUCAAGGCUAACCAAAACGAGCAACUGCAAAUUUUGGGUAUGAGCAGAGAACGAUUAUUCUACGGGUAUCAGGCACCCAAGAAGAAUUGCCAAAUAUCAGCGAGAUUAAUCACAUUAGCAAAACAUUAAAAAUCUACCUUUCGAAAUUUAAUAUUGAAGGUAGCCUAGAAAGAAAAAAGAGAGCUAUAUGCGUCCUUUAUUUUAGCAUUGGAAACGUGGGAGAUGUGCUAAGAUGCAUCCAAUUACCAUCAGGAGACGCAAUCACCACAUAUGCAAAUAGCGAAGUUUGAGAAGAGAUGAAGAAAAGAGGAGGAAUUCUGACAGCACAGAGAGGCAAGAAUAUAGUCAUACCCGUCGGGUCAGUUGUCGAGAAAGGAAUGAUAAACUAUGCGAGAUAUAGAAUUGGCUUUACAUUGCCAGUCGGAAUACCAAUAGAAAAAGUAGUGGAAGUGGCAAGCACAAAAUGCAGGGUUGUGGAGGUAAUAGUGGACAUUACAUUAGACUGUGGAGGUGAGGAGACAGAUAUUCGGUACACUUCAGUCACACUCGAGGUACAUCAUAUACGGAGAAUUUGGGAAUGUUGAAGAAGCGCUUGAUAUGCCAGAUGAACUAUUUAUUGAUGGAAAAAGAGUAAUUCUAAGGCACGCAGGAUCACUGUUCUGUAAGAUAUGCAAACAACUUGGGCGCAACGAAGAAGGUCACAAAAAAGUGGUGAAGAGGAAGAAUGAGAAAACAAAGGCUGAAAGACUGAGGAAGGAUAAAAGGGCACAGGAAAAGGCACUAGGCCUUAAAACACUAACAGAGGAACAGAUGCAGCUGCAAGAAAACGAUAAAAUAAGUGGUUUUACCAGGGGAGAAUAAAUAAAAUAGGAGACGAGAUAGCAUCAGAUGAAGGAAAUUUAACGGCUGACAUAAGGGAGGAAGCAAUAUCAAGGAAGAGGGCAAUGACAAAAGCAGGGUUCGGUCUACCGGCGAAAAUAGACAAGAUGGGCUGAAAAAAGAAAAUUGAUGAAGCAGCGGGGCAGCUUAGCCUGGAUGAAGCUUUGAUGAGGUUAAGAAACGAAACAGAAAAAACUACCAAACUCUACAGGAAUUAACCAUAGGAAAGAGCAGCACAAAACCGCCAACAUUUAUAAGACUAAAUGCCUAUGAAGAACAGAGGCUUAAGCUACAAAAAAGGCUAGAAGAACUCAAAAUAGACUGGAGAGAAGUGGUGCUAUACGGGGAAAAGUAUGAAGCAAAUCUGAAACUUUCGAAGAUCACAUAUUCACAUUAGAUUUAUAACGCUUAACGUCCCUUACGGGGUCACCUGUCCCAGGGCUUCCGCCUGCCUUUUUCGCCGCAUCGGGCCCGCCGGCCUCUGGGUCGACCAGCUUUGUUGCUCCAGGGUACGUCUAGGGUAGACGUUACCCAGCUUCGACGGCGAAACUUUCGAAGAUCAACUGCAGAGAAGAUGUGAUAUGGUAUGCUGAUGCAACAGAAAAGAGAUGUCACUGAAAAAUACUUAGGGGCAAAGCAUGGAGCUACAUGGAGGCGAAAGAGACCAAACAUGGAGCAAAUAAAAAAAGGCAAAUGAGAACCACCGACUUGUUUUGAAAAAAGCUCAUAAGAGCUUAAACAAUGCACACGCAUUGCUAUAAGUAAUAGCUAGAUAGAUGCCUGGAGUUUUGCCCUAGGCACAAGUUUCUCUUGUCCAGAAAAUUCACUUUUGAAUUUUUUUGGAAGGGUAGCCUCAUUGACUACUUCACUGUGACUCAGACUUUAUCUACAGGUAGCAAGUGGAGGUCGUUGUCUGGAGGCAGCAGCACAAGCCUUAGGCUGUAGACCCAAACUGGUUAGCAAGGGGGUGAUACGGAGCAGAGGGCAUGAAAAAAAUUAUUCAGCUUGCCAGGAGCUUCUCUAUAAUAAUUAAAUGAAUUGACACAGGAUGCACAAACUGCCCUUCAGAAAAAUUGUGCCCCGAUAAUUGCGGUUUUGGGUAUUUUUAUUCUUCUAGCUGCACUGCUUGUUCAAGCUGUAGUUAUGGCUGCAGAUCAACAUUAACUUGCAGGCUAUGCAAACAAAAAGAAUGCUUAUCUUGUGUUGAUUUUACCGGAGAUUGCAGCUCAUGCAUCACAAAUGCCUCAUUGAAUAAUGGAAGCUGCGCUUGUAACUCUAACUCUAUAUGGAUUCAAUCAUCAGCAACCUGCGAAAUCUGUGAUAUCAUUUGCAGCAGCUGUGCUGGAAGUUAUUAUUUUGAAUGCACUGCUUGUAUUGCUACAAAAAUUUUAGUAGGAACUGUUUGUUUGCAUCAAUGCCCAACUGGAUUUAGCAGUUCUGGCUGCACCAGCACAUCAUCUCCAGUAGUUGAUGCUUCCUUAUAUGAUAACUUUCAAGGAAAUUAUGGGAUUUUCAAUGUAGGAGCGAAUCCAAGCACUUAUUAUUUCUCAAAUAGUCCUGAGGCUGACGAUCCAAUCCCUGCUGUUUCAAGAGGUCUUUAUUUUUCGAGUGGUAAAUUCCUUGAAAGCUCUGUAUCUCUAUCUUUAUCCUCAAGCUUUUCUUUGGGCUUCUGGAUUCUUGUAGAAAGUGCUGGAGAUAUUUUAGAGAAACAAAGCAGUUUUACAAUGAGCAGUAAUGGUCAAACAACUAUCACUUUGCAGAGCCCUUUGCAAGUUGUUAGCACUGCAACAGCAUCAGCUCUAACUUUUACAGGAUGGGGCUAUAUAUCUAUUUCAGUAAAAUACCUGAAUGGCGGUUCAACAAUUACUAACUACAUAAACAAUAUUGCAGGCACACCAAUAUCGUCUACAAGUAAGAUAUUUAGAGACGCUCUUUCAUCUGCCCUUAUUCUCGGAAAGAGCUCCUCAAGCUCGUCAUUUUCAGGAUUUUUGUAUUGGAUUACUGUAUGAAAUUCUGCAUUAAGUGAUUUUUCAGCUGAAAAAAAUAACCUGUGUGGAACUGGAUUAGGAUCAAGCUGUUUGUGGAAUUGUGAUAUAAGCCAAUAUUAUACGGGAUCAGCAUGCAGCUCUUGCAGUACUUGUCCACUUGGCUGCAGAAGAUCAAAUUCUUGCAAUGUUUGUUAUGAUACAUUGUGCGCAACUUGCAGCUUUUUUAAUUCAGGCCAGUGCUCAGCAUGUGUAACACAUGCUAGCGUGCUUGCAGGCGGAAUUUGUGCAUGUAAUGCAAAUUAUAUUCCUUCAACUGAUGGGUUCUCUUGUGUAUGGGGAUGCUAUGCUGGCUGUGCUAGCUGCUCAGGGACUCUUUAUACUCAGUGCACUUCUUGCUUUUCUGGAUGGUUUUUAUAUGACAACAUGUGCUUACUUGCAUGCCCAACUGGGUUUACACAGGAUUCUGGGCUAAAUCAGUGUACUUCCCCUCCAACUUCUCCGAUAAUUUCUUUGCAAUUCCAAAAUUUGAUAAUAUUGAACACUGUUAAUACAUUUUCAAUCGGCUCUUCAAGCACAAAUACAUACCCUACGUAUGAUGCUAAUGAUCCACUCCCUGCGGUUAAUAGGGGUUAUUACUUCACAGGUGCCUCGUCUGCUGCUUCUACAAAUUCUUAUAUAAUAAGUCCUUUAUAUUCGAUAAAUCUAUGAACCAAACCUAUUUCUGGAGGAUAUAUGCUAUGGCAAUUACCUGCCAUGCUUAAAUUUUCAUUUACCACUCUUGGCGUGAUAUCAAUUAUACUGACUUUACAAGAUACUUCAACAGUCUCAUAUACAUCAACAACGGUGCUAUUUAAUAAUUGGCAUAAUAUUGCAUUCACUGGGGAUAUUGUUAACACAAAAACAAGGAUUAGUUUCUAUCUAGAUGGAACUUUAGUCAAUUAUUUGGAUUCUCCAAGCUCAUCUCCAUUUGUAAGCUCAGGAUCAGUUCUAAUCGGCAGCUCAGAUGGCACAAAUGGAUUUACCGGAUUUUUAUGGAGCUUGUAUGUGUAUAACGAUAAUGCUCAUGCAUUAACCGAAUGAAUUGCAACAGGAUGCAGCUCAGGAUGUUCAAGCUGCCCAUCAGAAUUAUUAUGCCCUGACAACUGCGCUUUUAAUAAUUUUUACUCAUCAAGUUGCGUUUCUUGCUCAGCAAGCUGCAGCUCAUAUGGCUGCAGGAGCUCAUUAACUUGCAGGCUAUGCAAAUAUAAGGAAUGCCUCAGCUGUGACCAUUUCGAUGGAAACUGCUUUUCGUGUAUAACAAAUGCCCAGCUCAAUUCUGGAGUUUGCAGCUGCAAUAGUAAUGCAAUAUGAAUACAAUCAUCUGAGAGCUGUGAGAUUUGUGAUAAUUAUUGCCAGAAUUGCAUUGGAAAUGGCUAUUUUGAAUGCAGUGCAUGCAUAGCAGGGAAAUUCAAAGUUUGAAAUGCCUGUGUUAAUGAUUGUCCUACAGGAUUUAUAGAAUUUCCCCAUAGAUGGCGCUACUUGCCCUUGAUUUGCCCACUGGGAAAAUUUUUUGGUUCGACCAGUACCAAUGGUUUGGUCAAACCAAAAAAUUUUCCACAUUGGCAAAUCAAGGGCAAGCAGCGCCAUCUAUGGGAAAAUUCUAUACUAUGCCUGGAUGUGUAAGUACAACUUCAUCCGUAAUUGAUGAAAAUUUUGAUACAGCAUUUCAAGGAUCAUAUGGGAUUUUUACUACAGCUUUAAGCUCAAGUUCUUAUUAUUUUUAUAAUACCCCUGAAACUUAUGAUCCUAUCCCAGCAUAUCACAGAGGGUUAUAUUUUUCUAGCGGAUCAUAUUUGGAAUCUAAUACUCCGAUUUACUUAUCACAUAGUUUUUCGAUUGGUUUAUGGAUGUUUGUAGUAGGUUCAGGUAGUGUACUUGAAAAGCAGGAUUUUUUAUAUAUGAAUGAAUUGGGAGCUUUUACUUUGACUUUAGAAAGUCCUUUGCAAGCAACUACUACUAUUUCAACAGCCUCUUUAACGAUUACAAACUGAAAUUAUAUAUCUCUGACCGUGAAAUAUUCCUUAGGGGCUUCCACAAUUACAGUCUAUCUCAAUGAUUCUCCACAAGCUCCGAUAGUAUCUAAUAACUUCAUAUUCAGAGAUAUUGUAGGCAAAACUCUUCUUCUUGGAAAAAGCAAUGCUUCUUCAUUUAAUGGAUUUAUUUAUCACUUUUCCUUAUGAAAUACACCUAUUACUGAUUUUUCUUCACAAAUAGCGAAUUUGUGUGGUACUGGAUUGGGAUCAAAUUGCCUGUGGCCUUGCGAUAUGAAUCAUUAUUAUUCAGGCUCCUCAUGCACAUCAUGCUCUAUAGAAACUUUCUCUUCAAUAGCACGAUAAGGCGCAUUCCUAGGUUUUACCGAUGAGUCUUGGACCUAUGAAAAACUGUUAUUCUUUAUCAUGGGGGAGACAAACAGCCUAAAUAGAGAAUUCUGCCUGAUCAAUCUCGAGAACUUGAAGAGAGGCUGUGUGGAAAAAUUACAUUUUGGUUCGUCAAAUGGAUCUGACGAGCCAAUUCUGGCCAGUACUUGAAAUAAAAAAUGAUAGUUGCCAGAAUUUUAUUAAUUUUCUGAUGAAGAGUAUGAUCAGAAAUUUAAUAUAGAACUUUCACUUCAAUAGCGCGAUAAGGCGUGUUUCCUGGUUUGACUAAAAAUUCUUUGGCAGCUGAAAGUCUGCUUUUUCUUCUUUGUAGGAGAGGCAAACAGUGAAAAUGAAGAGUUCUACCUGAUCCAGUUUCGAGAACUUGAAGGAAGGGUUCUUUGCCUGACUAAAGACUUUUAAAGAAGAUUAAAUUUAAGAGAUUUUAACUUAAGAGCCCAGACUUUAGCUAAAUGCUCUGUUUGGGUUAAAUGGAAAUUCUUGAAGUUCAAAUUCAGCAGACCUGCAAUGUGGGCAACUAAUUACAGUGCUCAGCCGACAUUCCUGAUGCAUUGACUGAGAGCAGCAAGAUGUGUAGGAAAGUUGACCCCUGUUUGAAAAGCAGAUGAUGCAAGGAUUAAGCCUGGAAUCCUCAGCCACUUCCAUUUCAUCUGAUUCGAGAGACAGUCUAGAAAGGAGCUUAUCAAUAUUUGCAUUGACAUAUCUCUUAACUGUGCCUCUUCUUUUGAUUUUAGGCAAUUGAGCUGUCAGUCCAGCACUCAUGUGUGCAUUGAGCAUUUUAAUGGCAACUUCCGAGCCAUCUUGCUCAAGUCUAUUGUUGCUUGCUGAUCUUCUUUCUGGGUGAAACAGCAGGUUGCUUGGCUCGUAGUAGUAUCCAAUAAUGAUUCGUAAAACAUUUAUUUCAUUUUUCAAUGAUUUGAUUACAUUUUUGCAUUCGAGAUCUGAAAACUUUAGAGAAAGAACUUAUUUUCUAUUAGAUAUCUCGCAGAUUCAUUGCUCAUUAUUAAGUUUAAAUCUUUUAUCAUCAGCUAUGUGCAUCAAUUAUUUUUAAUGCUCCAUAUACUCCACAAUUUGCUUUUGUAAAAAGAGUUAUUAGUUUUAUCAAGCGAAAAUUUAAGAGUAUUCAAGAAGGACUUAUUUUAAACAAAUUAGAAAUGUCAAUUAAUUAUGUUGCUGGAAUGAUAAAUAUGAAAGCAUUAAUGAAAAGCAUUGUUGAAAAAUAUUCUAUAUUAGCUUUAAGGGGUCAAGAUCUAGGAGAUUAAAAUAAUAAUGAUUUGAAUGAAAAUAGUGUGUCAAUAACUUUUUGAUUAUUUUAAGAUAGUAAAAUAUUAAAGUUAAAAAAAAGAAAUGGCUUAAGUGAACUAUACAAAAAAUUACCCCUCAUGGAGCGAGCUCCUAUAAGAAAUCAGGUUCUGUAUUAAUUGCAGAUCUUAAUGAUUUUAAAUGAAGUUUUAUUCAACUAAUGAAAUUUUCUUGAAUUCGCCUGCAUCCUGUCGAUCUCAACUUCGCUUCUCGUUUUUCCUUAUUAAAUUAAAAAUUAAAAAAAAAAAAAUGGCUCAAACGAACAAUACAAAAAAUUACCCCUCAUGGAGCGAGCUCCUAUGAGAAAUCAGGUUCUCAAUUAAUUGCAGGUCUUAAUGAUUUUAAAUGAAGUUUUAUUCAACUAAUGAAAUUUUCUUGAACUCACCUGCAUCCUAUCGAUCUCAACUUCGCUUCUCUUUUUUCCAUUUAAAUUAAAAACAAAUGGCUUAAGCGAACAAUACAAAAAGUUACCCCUCAUGGAGCGAGCUCCUAUGAGAAAUCAGGUUCUCAAUUAAUUGCAGAUCUUAAUGAUUUUAAAUGAAGUUUUAUUCAACUAAUGAAAUUUUCUUGAAUUCACCUGCAUCCUAUCGAUCUCAACUUCGCUUCUCGUUUUUUCUUAUUAUUAAUUUAAAAUUAAAAAAAAAGAUGGCUUAAACGAUCAAUACAAAAAGUUACCCCUCAUGGAGCGAGCUCCUAUGAGAAAUCAGAUUCUCAAUUAAUUGCAGGUCUUAAUGAUUUUAAAUGAAGUUUUAUUCAACUAAUGAAAUUUUCUUGAAUUCACCUGCAUCCUAUCGAUCUCAACUUCACUUCUCUUUUUUCCAUUUAAAUCUUCUAUUAAAAGCUUGAAUUUUAAAUUUUAAAAACACAAAUUUAAGAUGGUUAAGUCAUCAUGAAAAAAUCAAAUUAUAAAAAUCAUUACUGGCAUCGUCUCCCUAAGGCAGUAAAGAGUAUUGAUUACGUUAUUUUUAUAUGCUUAAAUUAUCUCUUUAAAUCUUCUAUUAAAAGUUUGAAUUUUGAAUUUUUAAAAAAUUAUUAAGAUGGUUAAGUCACUAUGAAAAAAGUCAAAUUUUAAAAAUCAUUACUGGCAUCGUCUCCCUAAGGCAGUAAAGAGUAUUCAUUAUAUUAUCAUAACGAUUUAAUUAUUUCUUUAAAUCUUCUAUUAAAAGUAUGAAUUUUGAAUUCUAUUGUCAAAAGGAAUUAUUAAAUUUCUGAUCAUACUCUUCAUCAGAAAAUUAAUAAAAUUCUGGCAACUAUCAUUUUUUAUUUCAAGUACUGGCAAGAAUUGGCUCGUCAGAUCCAUUUGACGAACCAAAAUGCAAUUUUUCCACACAGCCUCUCUUCAUGUUCUCGAGAUUAAUCAGGCAGAAUUCUUUAUUUAGGCUGUUUGUCUCCCCCAUGAAUAAGGAAUUGCAGGUUUUUCAUAUGUCCAAGACCCUCCGGUAAAACCUAGGAAUGCGUCUUAUCGCGCUAUUGAAGAGAAAGUUCUAUACUUGCUCCCUUGGAUGCAGACUGGGAACUACUUGCAAUAUUUGUUAUGAUUUAUUAUGUGACAAAUGCACAGGGUUUACUUCAGGAUUAUGCUUUCAUUGUGUGGCUCAUGCCUCUGUCAGUUCAGGGUCUUGCACUUGUGAUACAAACUACAUCGUUUCUACUGAUGGCCUAUCUUGCAUUUGGGGCUGUGCUCCAAAUUGCUCACUCCCCACUCCGUGAGCGAUCAAAAAAAUUUGUUCGCUCACAGAAGGGGUUAACUUUUUCUUUAAAAAAAUUAUGUUUUAAAACGCAAUAUACUUAAAAAGAAACAGAAAUUAGCAAGAGAUUUCAUUAUAUUAAUCAUCACUUAUAUAUCAAAAAUUUUUGUUCGCUCACGGAGGGUGGGUUUAUGAGCAAAAAAUAGGGGUUUUUCCAAUGAUUUUGUUCGCUCACAGAGGGGGAGUCAGGAUGUUCCGGAACAUUAUCAACCCAAUGCACAUCGUGCAAUCCAGGCUACUUCUUUUUAAAUGGAAUUUGCUAUGCCCACUGUCCUACAGGAUAUACUGAAGACUCUUCCUUAAAUCAAUGCACAAAUCCUCCGUCGUCUCCUAUUAUCUCAGUUCAACUAGAAAAUUUGAUAUAUUUGGAUACUGUUAAUUCUUUCUCUGUUGGAUCUAGUAAUACAAAUACUUAUCCAAAUUGGGAUAGCAAUGAUCCAAUACCCGCAAUUUACAGAGGAUAUUAUUUCAAAACCAGUUCAAUUAUGACAUCAACGAACUCUUAUAUCAUUUCUUCAUGGUUUACAAUAACUGCUUGGGUGAAGCCUACUGGACAAGGUAAUUUUUUAACUCAACUCAAUGGUGCAAGUCAACUUUUAUCGAUUUCUUUUGAUUUAAACGGCCAUGCGGUAAUUUCUCUUCUUUUAGAGGACACUUCUUUGGCUUCGUAUACCACAGCCUCAAAUUUAUUUAACAGUUGGCAUAAUAUAGCUUUUACUGGAACUAUUUCAGCCUCUUUUAAAACAUCAAUAACUUUUUAUAAAGAUGGCUCACAAGUUUUCACACAGCUUUCUUCAAAUUCAUCUCCAUUUAUCAGCUCUGGAUCAAUUACGAUCGGAAAUACUGGAUCUUCAAGCAGUUUUAGAGGAUUUUUAUGGAGUAUAAUGAUAUAGCCCAGAACGAGCCUUGUUUGUAUUAUUGAUCUUUCUUGAUUGAAAAGGGUGGGGUUAUUAACCAACUUAUGUUGGUCAAAUCAUAUCCCCAGAUGGCCGAGCCACUUGCUACGAGAUUUCUGCCAUUCAUGGAGUUGGCUUAGCCAGCGUUAUUGGUCAAACCAAAUCCCCAUUUUCAGUAGGAUAGAUCGGGAAGCCCAAGCCAAAAUUGUGCUUGGGCUAUAUAUAAUGACAACAGUUUUGCUCUAAGUGAAUGGAUUUCAACUGGCUGCCAAUCAGGAUGCUCAAACUGCCCAUCAGAGUUGCUAUGUCCUGAUUCUUGCACUUUUAAUCAGUUUUAUUCAUCAGGCUGCACUUCAUGCUCUUCAAGUUGCAACACUUAUGGGUGUCGAAGUCUCUCGACUUGCAGGCUCUGUAAACAAAAAGAAUGCUUAUCCUGCAGCAAAUUUGAUGGACCUUGCAGCUCUUGUAUUCCUAAUGCAAGUUUGAGCAGUGGGAGCUGCUCUUGUAAUUCUAAUGCUGUAUGAUCACAAUUAACAGAGAGCUGCGAAAUAUGCUAUUCAGUCUGCUCAGGAUGCAAUGGAUUAAGAUUCAUUGAUUGUAUCUCGUGCAGUUCUGGCUAUUUCUCCUUAAGCAAUGUAUGUGUACAGAAUUGUCCAUCAGGAUACCUUCAGACUGCUGGAAAUUGCGCUCUUGACACCGCAGGGCUAAAUGGGUUUGUAAUUGACUUGAAAUUAAAUCAAAUAAAAGACACUGUUAUUGAUUCGCAGUUAGGGAUGCCAUUUAUGACUGGGGAUGAUAGUAAUUUUUAUCCUGCUUAUACCGCUAAAGAUCCAUAUGCAGCAAAAUAUAGAGGCUAUUAUUUUCAAGGCAGCUCUUAUAUGAAGAUUCCUGAUAGUUAUGCCUCUUCAAUUCCAAGCUUAGUUAUUUCUUCUGAAUUCACUAUAGCUAUAUGAAUCAAUCCUACUGGGAGCAUGGGGACUUUGUUUACUAAUACUCCUCAAAUAAAAUCAUUCUUGGUCUUUAUUAAAGGCAUAUAGCCUAAGAAUUUCUUCAGCCAGAGCGAUUCAAAGUCUUUUCUGGGGUAUAGUAUAAGCGUGCAAUAUUUUUACAUAAAUAGUGUUUAAAAAUAAUUUAAAAUGGUUAAAAGAAAGAUUAGUAUAUAAUUAAAGAAUUUAAUUAUUUAAAACAAUUAUUAAAUUUCUGAAAUAUCAGCUAUCUAUUUAUCACGAGUAAGCAAAAAAAUGAUGGAACUUUAGCAUCCCUCUACAGUUUUGGAAUUUCCUCAUAUAAUCCUACAAUAUCCUUACUCUUAACAGAUGGAACCACAACUUCAGCUACAAGUUUGAAUUCAGUUUCCGUUAACUCCUGAAACUUUAUAGCAGCAACUUAUAAAAUUGAUUCAACACAAACCCACAAAUUAUCUUUUUUUAUUAAUACCCUUUCUACAGAUAUUCGAUCUCUUCCUGCAAGUUCUUGGUUUCAAGAUAUCGCAUCUUCCUAUUACAUAACAAUUUCAUCUAGCCGUGCUUCCUCAACUUCAUUCAGCUCCUUUUACACCGGUUUUCUCUAUGAGCUACUCCUAUAUAACACCAUCAUUUCCCCAUCAUCUUUAUUCUCCACCUCCUGCCCUACUUGCUCUGUUUGCCCCAUUUCCAAUGCCUGCUAUCCUAUCUGCUCUAUCUCUCAAUAUUGGGAUGGCUCCUCUUGCAUACCAUGUGAUACUGCCUGUUCUUCUGUGGGAUGCAAAGAUUCUUUAUCCAACUGCAAUCUAUGUCAAGAUCCUUUAUGCUAUGAAUGUGAUGAUUAUGCAUCAACAUGCAUCCAGUGUAUAACUAAUGCCCAUUUAGAUUCAGGGGCGUGUGUGUGUGAUACCGGAUAUUUUUGGGAUGAAGUUUCAUUGCAAUGCACUACAUGCAGUUCUGCAUGCAAUUAUUGUAUUGAGCCAAGCGCAUUUGGAUGCACUGAUUGCAGCUCUGGGUUUUUUAUGAUAGGUUAUGUUUGCCUGAAAUUUUGUCCAUUGGGAUAUACUCAGAGUGGAAACAUUUGCAAGCUUGUGAAUGAAUUUGUGUAUGACAUGAAAUUUGAUAAGUUGACUGGAGUUAUUUAUGAUAGCGUUAGCAAUAUCCCAGCCUUGACAGGGAAUUCAAUAGAAUUUUAUCCUAAUUAUGACUAUUAUGAUCCUCUUCCAGCAUACUUGAGAGGGUUUUAUUUUAAUGGAAAUACAUCAAUCAUGCAUCUGCCAAAAUAUAAAAGCUAUGCUUCCCCAACUUUGGUUUUAGGGACAAUUUUCACAUUUUCGACUUGAAUAAACACUGAAAGUACUACUGGAACAGUUUUCUAUAAAUCGAGCCACCUUUCUGUAGGAAGCUCCUUGCUUGAAUUAAAAAUAGUUGGUGGCUAUCCCACCUUAAUCUUACUAAUGAGGGGGAUACAAAUUAUUCACCAAUGCGAAAAUCAAAUAACCCAACUAUUUUGGCAGCAUAUAGCAUUUAUUUUAUCAACUGACUCUACAAGAAAUUCUGUUAUAACAUGCUUUAUUAAUACAAUUUCUGAUGUUUCUCUUGUAUCUCUUCCAUUGCAAUACUUUGAAGAUGACGCAGCAAGUAUUUCUGUCAAAAUUGGAGCUAGACAAACAACCACAAGCAAUUAUGAAAACUUUUAUAAAGGGUUUAUAUAUGAAAUCGCUAUUUAUAAUUCUGUAAAAUCGAUAAAUGACUUAGCAUUGCCCUUUAGUUCUUGCACCGAAAGCUGUCCGGCCUGCUUGAUAACCAAAAAGUGUAUCCCAAAUUGCCCUAUUAUGGAGUACUGAAAAGGCCCAAACUGCAAUGAUUGCGGAGCUUGUAAUAAAAAUUGUACAAGUUCUUGCAGAUAUUCAGGACCGUCCUGCACUUUAUGUGGAGAUAUUCUCUGUUAUGAUUGUGCAGAUUAUGAAAACAGUUGCAUAGAGUGUAAAACUAAUUCAACAUUUAAUAGUAAUUGCAUUUGCGACUCGCCAUUUGGAUAUAAUUCGUUGACUGAGUCCUGCUCUUAUUGCAAUAUUACACAGUAUAGAGGAGAAUCUGAUGGGCAAUGCUAUGAGUGCCCUUCAAACUGCACUACUUGCAAAAGUGCAAAUAGCUGUUUAAGCUGCAUUAAAGACGCUAUAAUAUCAAACGGAGCUUGUGUGUGCAAGCCAGGAUAUAAUUUUUCCAAAAAGGUUUGUAUGAUUUCUCUUUUUAACGCGACUUUAUUUGUAGAUUAUGAUAAUUCCUUAUAUUUGAAUUUUUCUGAAACCCUGAUGCAAGAUUUAACCUCAAAAGACAUAGAAAUUUCAAUAUUCAAUAAGUCUAAAAUCGAAUGAUCCAUGGAAAUGAGAGGAUCUAAAGAAUAUUAUAUAUCUAUCUUGAUGGAUUCUGAUAUAAAACAAAACACAACUGUCACUUUAUAUUUUGUAAAUGACCAAAUUUUGUCUACAAAUAAUUCAAUACUCCAAGAGAAAAAUUUAACUGGGAAACUAUAUGAAUUUAAUUAUGCUACUAGCUCAUCAAAUGUUGAAGCGAUUUCUCAGCAAACCACUGCAGCUAUUCAUAUAAGCGUUGCGACUUCUCUGAUUAUGGCUUUGAUUAAUCCAGAUCCAUCAUGCUUGUGAACAACUUUAAACACAUUGCAGGUCUUAUCAUUUAUUACGCUUUCAGGAAUACCAUUAUCAUCAUCACUAUAUUCAUUUUUAAACAGCUUAAAUAGCUAUGACGUAAUCCCAAAUCUAUAUGAAAUUUUAGCCCCGGAAAGUGAUGGAAAGACCCCUUAUAAAGAAGCCAAAGAAUUUGGAUAUAAAACAGAUCUUAUUUUACUAAAUGCAGGGAAUCUAUUAACUGUUUUUAGCGCUAUAAUGGCUGUUUAUCCUGCUAUUAUCUUCUUUUCUCAAUGCUCUAAUAAAUGAUUCGGUAAAAUGUUCACUGGAAUUUUGAAGCAUUAUAAGUACUCGGUAUUUUUAAGAUUUUGGAUACAAAGCUAUUUAGAUAUAGGAGCACCAGCUGUCAUCGGCUUGUUAAUUGUAAAAUUUAUUUAGUUUUCAUAUAACAAUGAAACCCAAAUUGUCAAUGCCGUUAUAUGCAUUUCCUUAUGUGUAAGUUUUAUUUAGAUGUAUAUAUUUGCGACGCCUGUGGUUUUGAUUUAUAUUCUAUAUGCAAACAAGUACCAAAUAAUUAAAAGAAAAAUACCAUUCCUUAAAAAAUUUGAUUCAUUAUUCUAUGAAUUUAAACCCAAUCAAGGUAUGAUGAGCUAUCAGUUUUAUACCCUAUUUUUCAUAAGAAGGCUAAUCUACAUGUCAUCGUUAAUUUUCCUAUCUGAUAUUCCAAUAUAUCAGGGCCUAAUAAACAUUGUUCUUUCAGUUGUGACUAUUUCAUAUUUACUUGCUUAUAGGCCUUAUUCAGAUUUCUUACAUCAAUUUUCAAACAUUUUUACAGAAAUAGUAGUUGGAAUUGUAAUGAUUUUGACUACAGCGUUUGUAAUGAAUUUGGGAGACGAUGCUGAGCUUUGGCUUGAAAAAAUAAUUUAUGUGAAUGUUGCUGCAAUUAUGGUGAUACAGAUUUUCGCAAGUUUAUCAUCAUUUUUCAAGACAAUAUACACAAUUGUGAAACCAAAAAUAUUGCAAGUGAUUAAUAGUGAAAGCCGCGCGAGAAAUUAUGCGAUAAAUGAAGUUGAGCGUACUAUUACAUUAGAUCGUUCAAUUACUAUGGAUCAUGAUGUAAGAAAUUUGCAUCGAUUGGAGACUAGAGAAGGAGAUCCAUUUUAG